AUGGCAGAGAGAACUCAAACAUACGCAUCACCAACAAGGAAUGCACCUAAUCCAAAAGAUUUCGUUGUAAUUGACAAAGAACUUAUCAAGGGUCUUACUGAGAAAGAAGUUGAGUUAGAGCAUCUAAAGACCGUCAUCGUAGGUCUAAAUGAGAAACUCAAAGUAAGAGAGGACCUCGAGCAAGACCUAGCUCAUUCAAGAGCUUAGACUCAGAAUGCUGAACAAGCUAGAACUAUUUUACAUCAGUAAUUGGAAGAAGCAGCCAGAAGGGCUCUAGAAGAAGCUGAGAAGAACAAGAAAUACUAGGACAUCUUAAUACGUUAGAACGCAGACCUCGGUGAUAAACUCAUUCAAUAAUAAGGUAUCAUCCAGGGGAAGUAAAGCGAGAUUGAGACUCAGAGACAUGUAAUCAAUGGGAAGGACAGAGAGCUGAAUGAAUUGAAGCAUACUUUGGCAGACUUUGAAGAGGUAAAGCGCCAAAACUAACAGUACAAGCGUGACAUCCAUGACUGUAAUAAUUCUCGCAAGGAGCUGUAAACAAAAUUUGAAAAUGCUCUUGAGGAUCAUAGAAAGGAAUUGGAGCACGAGUUCAAAAUGAGAGAGCAGUUAAUUGCUGAGAAGAAUGAACUAGCUAGGAAGCUAAACCAAGCUGAAGCCAAGAUUGUUUAGUUGGAGAACUUAAUUGACACUCAAAAGAAGAUGAUAGACGAAAGAGAUGACGAGAUCGCCAGACUUAAGAAAUUACUUUCAAUAUUAGACGACAUCAAGAGACAAAGAGACCAGUUGCAAGCUUCACUGAGGGAGUUCUAAGAGGAAAGAGACAAACUUAGCAAGUAGAUUGAGGAUUUAGUCAGACAGGCUUAGGAACUUAGAGCUAAGGAUGAGCAACACUUCCAAGAGCUAAUGGCCCACAGAAAAAGAGUAGAAGAUGAGCUACUAGCUAAGGAGAGAAUCAUAAAUGAGAAGGACACAAUGAUUAAGGAGUUGACUUCAAAGAAUCUAGAGAUGCAGCAAUAAAUUAACGCACUCGAAUCUGAAGUAGCUGUUAAGAAUGACCUCUAGAACAAAUUAGCUUUGGCAUAGGAGUUAAUUGAAAAGAUAUCAGAUGCCAAGGAGAGACUUCAAAAGGAAUUAGAAACAGCUAGUGACUAUUUAUUAGAGCAAGAAGAAAAGACUCACAAGGCAAACUUGACUGCUUUAGAGUUAUUGAAGCAAUUGAAGGAGGCUGAAAACGAGAUCGAGAUGUUGAAGCAGUACGUGAUUGACUUGAAGUCAAGAAUCGCAAUUUACAUUCCAGCUAGAGACGAUAUCAUUGACAAGAAACUAGCUGAGUACAUCAACAACUACCCAGAUAGAUCAAAGCUCAAGAUUAUGUUUAUGAGAGAAAGCGAGGGAGUCUAUCAGUUCGGUAGCAGAAGAAUAUGUGUCAGAGUAGACAAGGAAAAGAUCAACAUCAGAGUUGGAGGUGGUUAUCUCAGUCUUGAUGAAUUCCUCGAUAUCUACACUCCAUAAGAGUUGGAGAGACUUGAAAGAAAGGAUCCAUUGAAGAAGUUCAGUGAGAAAGUAGCCAUCCAAAAGACUCUCGUAGGAAAUGAAAUCAGAGAGUCCUCUCCUAUUAGAUCUCCAGUUAGAGGAAGUGGCAACAGCACUGCAGGUUUGUCCUCACCUAUGAGCAAGUCAAACAGAUCUAUCAGAAGUCCUCUUAAGAAACAACCCUCCCUGAAAUGA